GGGUCGAAAUAUGGCGUAGUAUAAAACAAUUGGUGAGUGUAACAGAAGAAAAAAAUCUGGUUAAUCGUGCCUGACAAAAAGUGUAUCAGCGUGAAUGUUGGACUAUGAAAUAAGUAAACGUGGUGGGAUCCUGCAGUUGUGAAAUUCAAGAGCGACUCAGCUACAGUAAAGCUGAUAAGUAGGAUAUAAAAAAACGGCUUCGUCAGGAAAAGUGGCACACCUCAUGCUGCAGGGACACCGUCUCACCACUGCUUUAUUUACCAUUGUUCGAGACAGCUGGAACUAUGGCGCUGGUGAGAAUUAACAAGGACCUGCAGGAGAUGGCCACCUCUCCUCCUCCCAAUUGCUCAGCGGGGCCGGUGGGCACUGACAUCUUCCAUUGUAAAGGGUCCAUCGUGGGUCCCAAGGGCACGCCCUUCGAGAGUGGAGUGUUUGAGCUGUUAAUCACCUUUCCCGAAGACUACCCCUUCAAUCCUCCUAAGAUGAAACUAUUGACAAAAAUUUAUCACCCGAAUAUUGGUAAAGACGGAACAAUCUGCUUAGACAUAUUAAAGGGCAAGUGGAGUCCGGCUUUAUCCUUAUCGAAAGUAUUACAGAUAGUAUGUGCUCUACUCAAUGAUCCAAAUCCAAAGAGCUCCCUGAGGAGUGACAUAGCUGACAUCUACUUGAAUAACAAGACUAAAUACAUGGCGACUGCCAAGGAGUGGACCAAGCGCUACGCUAUGUAGGUUUAAAAGUUAAGCUAUGUAGGCUAUUGAUUACAUGUUAUGGGGUGAGACUUACAUUAUGUAGGAUAUUGGUUACGCUAUGUAAGGUAAGACUUACACCAUGUAGGCUAUUAAUUUACGCUUUGUAGGCUUGAAAUGAUGAAUAAUGAUUUAAGACUAAAGUAAUGCUUGUAAGUCAACUUUUGAAGGCUCUGUCAAGACUUUAAUAAUACUUCGUAUAGCCUCAAGUGGUGAAACCUUGAAUAAAUAAAAUGUUCGUUGCUAUAA